UCACAAUCAGGCUCUUUGCGCAUUGGUGAUAAACUAGAAAAUGAAGCAAGCAUUCUCGAUGUCCUUCAACACUACUGUGUAUCUGUAAUCGGACUGCGAGAACGGAAAAACUUCGUGAUACAGAUAUCCCGUUACAGUAUGGUGCUAUUAUUUUGUCUUUUAAUUAUUGGCCUCAGGACUGGAACCAAGCUAGAGGUCGUGAAUGGUCAUUUCAAAAGGAAUCUGGCUCUAAUAGACAUAGGGAGAGCUUUGAUUCCAGUGACUGGAAAGACGAUUGAGCUGCCAAGGAGGACGUAUGCCUGCAAUGGUCGGUGGAAUGAAGUGCGAAACUGGCACCCUUCUUUUGGGAUCAUUCAUGAGAUAAGAGGUGGGCAAAUUGUUAAGUAGUAAUCACGCUCCUCUAGCAGAAAUUGAUACUUGCGCUUGACUACAUGUGUAUGCUAUUGUAACACCUGUGUCCUUGCUGUGCGCUGCGUGAACCCUUUCG